AUGGAGAUUAAUAAUGACUCUAUGGCAUACAACUUUAUUUUAUUGGGACUCACCAGGUCUUGGGAACUUGAGAAUUUAUUUUUUGUGAUCUUCUUCUUGGCCUAUGCAUCAAUAAUAUCAGGAAACAUUCUUAUUGUAGUUAUGGUGAUCUUUGACUCACACCUGUAUUACACCCCUAUGUAUUUUCUCCUUGCCAACCUUUCCUGUAUUGACAUGACUAUUUCCACAGUGACUGUCCCCAAAAUGAUCACAGAUUUCUUCAGAGAGAGGAAAACUAUCUCCUUCUGGGGUUGUAUGGCACAGAUGUUCCUACUUCACCUGUUAGGGGGCAGUGAGAUGACUCUGCUCAUAGUAAUGGCUAUUGAUAGAUACAUUGCAAUAUGUAAACCCCUCCACUACACAUCCAUUAUGAAUCAUCGGAUGCUUGUCAGAUUUGUGUUACUCUCAUGGGUGGUUGGUUUCAUCCAUACUAUGAGCCAAAUGGUUUUUAUUGUCAAUCUACCUUUCUGUGGCCCAAAUAUAAUAGAUAAUGUUUUUUGUGAUAUUCCCCUUGUGAUCAAGCUUGCCUGCACAGACACCUAUAUCCCAGAUCUAUUGGUUGUUGCUUUCAGUGGGCUGCUCUCAUUGAUCUGCUUCAUUCUUUUGCUAGUUUCUUAUACUGUCAUCUUGGUCACUGUUGGACACCACUCCUCUGGAGGGCUCUCUAAGGCUCUGUCUACACUGUCUGCUCACAUCACAGUUGUAACACUCUUCUUUGGGCCCAUUAUCUUCAUCUAUGCUUGGCCAUUCAGUAACUUCUCAGUGGACAAAUUUCUCUCCAUUUUUUAUUCUGUUAUUACUCCCCUUCUUAAUCCAAUCAUCUACACCUUGAGAAAUAGAGAAAUGAAAGCAGCCUUGGUUAGAUUAAGGAGCAGACGCAUAAACUUCAGGCAGAACUUUUAG